ACACAAUUAAAUGUAAAAACUUGUCACAGUUUCUAUUCCAUAUAUUAGAGCCUAUAUUUAUACAUAUAUAUGGGUUUAAGUUUCUGCAUCGUGCAAGUUUUGCACUAUCGGACUAACUUGUGUGGGCAUAUGCAGGUGAUAUGUCAUUCGUAUUCUAUAAAUUAGAAAAUUUCUGAUACAAAUGUUCAGAUAGAUCAGAACUGUCAGAGUUAUCUUUACUCUGUGACUGAUAGUGUUUAACGGAGAUUAGAUAGUUGCAUUAGAUUGCAAUAUUGGAAAGAUUUGAAUAAGUGUAAGUAGGUAUCUCUUCCUGGUACCUGACGACCAUAACCUUCUCGAGAUUAAAGACAAUUCGAAUACUCUAGUAUGGGUAGAAUAUUAAAGGUAUUGUCAGCUGGCAAUUUAGAGUUUACGACAACCUGCUCUACUUCGAGUUACCCAAAAGAAGGCAGCAAAGUUAAGAGCAAAUCGCAAUCUAGUACUAUACAAGGAGCCUCAAAUAUUCUAAUCGGACUCAAUGGUUUACCUGAUACUAAAACGUUUGUUUACUCCCAAUUAGGCAGGGAUCUCAACAGCAACUGCGUCAAGGCUCAAUUAGAAGAUGAAGGUAUUUCUACAGAACACAUUCAUAAAUCAGAUUCUGGGGGCGUACCUCAUACGUUUAUCAUUCACAACACGUCUAAUAACAUGACUACAAGGUUUAAUCAUUCUAAUAGCAAUAGUAAUACUUCUUUACCACCUCUAGAAUUCUUGGAUGAUGUGCUUCAAAGGUCGUCUUUCGAUUGGGUACAUUUUGAUGGACAGACAACAGCAAACCUGUAUGAGACUAUGAAGUACAUACGAGGAAACAAAUACCUAAGUGGCCUUGACGUAACGUUGAAUGAUCAGGCAACUAUAUCUAUAAGCUGUUUUAGCAGAUUAAAACCUGAUAUUGAAGAUUGUCUUCCAUUCGCAGACGUUGUAUAUUUCAACAAGGAGUUCGUCAAUAAAAGCGGCUUUGAUGAUGCAAGAACGUUUUUACUCUUCAUGUCGCUGAGGGUUUCUAAAAAGGCCAACUUAUAUUGCAUUUGGGAUGAAAGAACGACCUAUAUGCUUUCAUUGAAGACAUCAGAGUUCAUCAGAGCAGAAAGUUCUCGUAGACCACGCACCCAUUCGCGUACGAGAUCAUACACCAGCAGUAAUUCCAUAGAUGAAGCCUUCGUAGCAGGAACAAUCUAUGGAACACUAGCAAAAGCGAUAUCUACAAGUGGCCAUCUCAAUAUCAAAUUCGACAAUCAGAAGAUACUACAAUUCGCUACUGAUAUGUUAGGUUUGAAAGCUGCGGGAGUACCAUUGAAGGAUUUGGGAGGAAUCCUCAUCAAAGAAGGGUGGUUUAUCGACUUUAAUAAUGGUAUUUACAGUUCCGACUCAGAAGGUAGCAUUUAAGUGCUCAGGAAGAGAUCAUGACUAUUCGUAUAAAGAAAACUACAUCAAUAGAGGCACUGCAAGGAUUAACACCUCAUUGAUACGACUUGAUAGUUCGCAAUAUAUCCACUUGCAAUUUACAGACAUUUAUGCAUACCAUUCUACUUUAGCAUUACAAUACAAUUUAACGACCCAUCCAUCCACCGUCGACAGUAAGAAUCUCACCGUUGAGAUACUUUGAUGCCUCACUUGCUAAAAAGAUGACUGGACCAACAAAGUCUGCGGGUUGGCCCCAUCUAUUGGCAGGGAUACGCUCACUUAUCUGUCUCAACCUUGUAGGAUCAGCGAGCAAUUUUUCGUUCAUAUCUGUAGCUAUAUAUCCAGGUGCAAUUGCGUUGACAUUAAUAUUCUCCCUGCUCCAUUCAUUUGAAAGAGCCUUUGUAAGUUGACCAACAGCACCCUUAGCUGAUGCGUAAGCUGGUACAGUGAAACCGCCUUGGAAUGUGAGCAAGGAUGCAAAGUUGAUGAUUUUUCCGUGUCUUCUAGGUACCAUAUGUCUACCGGCAGCUUGAGAUAGCAACCAAACAGACUUUAAGUUUACGUUGAUUACGUCGUCCCAGUCAUCUUCACUGAAUUCUGUGCUAGGUGAGCGUCUCUGUAUACCACCACAAUUAACGAGGACAUCGAUGUGACCACCGUCUGCAACUUUGAGUGCUUGAUCGAAGACGCCCUUGACUGCAUCAAUGUUUGAUAAAUCAGCAACGACAAUAUCAGCCUUAGCUCCUGCGUCUGUGAUCUGAUCCCUGGUUGCAGUAUUUGAAGUGUCUCUUUGUACUAAAACUAUAUGCUUAGCACCUGCUUUUGCCAAACCAACAGCACAUGCUUGACCUAUACCUCUGGUUGCACCGCUAUCUCUUGUUAG